CACCGGGGGACUUGUGCAUGGUUUUAGGUCAUUUUAUUACACAGUCCCAGCAGUGACCGUUAAUUUAUGAAUUUUAUGUUAGCUAAGUAGCUGUGAACACUCGCGGCGUUAAGCAUAGCGGGCUAACAUAGCUAACCAUCUUCGAAUAUAGCCAACCAACCUACUUUUAGCCAACUGUUAGCAGGUGCUAGGUGCCGUAGUACCCUACGAACUGUGUUUUGUUUAUUAACGUUAGCUAGCUAGUAUGUGCGUUACGUUACAAAUAUAGUCUAUCUGCGCGGAAUCGUUUACUAGCUAGCUUUCUAGUCAGCCAAAACUAAAAAUGUGUUUGUCGUCACAAAAAGUUCGUUAGUCCAUCUAGGUCAAAGGUGAUAGCUAACUACAGCAAACAUACUGAUUUUUAAAAGAUAGCUGGCAAGUACCUGAUUAGAAAAGAUAGAAAUGUUGCGCGAACCAACUGGUCAGAUACUUCACAUGUCAAAUUGCACACAGUUCUUUGUUUUUUGAAGCCGUGCCGUGACGCGCCUCGCUUGACAGUCAGACCUGUUAUUAUGAAAAGCUACGCGGCGCUGCACUGUGUGUAGCGUGGAGAAGUUGGACAUGCCCGGGCAUAUCCGCCACAUGAACAGUGAGUGUGUCGCCGCGUCUCCGCCGCUAGGUAACAGAAUGGCGAUGGAUAACAGUUUGAGCAGUUCCCAAAUGAACGCUGUGGACAGUGAGAAACUAGUAAGACCCAAAGUGGAACUGCAGACUCUGUUGCAGCAUGCUGGUGCCAGCAAGGACAUUUUCACCCUGAAGGAGGUCAUGUUUUACCUGGGGCAGUACAUCAUGAGCAAGCAGCUCUACGACAAGAAGCAGCAGCACAUCGUCCACUGUGCCAACGACGCCCUGGGAGCUGUGCUGGGGGUGGACAGCUUCUCCGUCAAAGAGCCUCGAAUCCUGUAUGCUAUGAUCUCCAAAAACUUGACUGCUGUCAAAAACCAAGAUUCCCAGUCCGCUUUUACAGAACCCAGGAGUCAGAGUGAGCCUGAUCGAGGGCCUGAGGAAACGGACUUGGACUCACACUCUUCUACCUCAGGACGGAGAAGGAGGAGGUGCAGUGACCCUGCUGGCUGCUCCACAGAGGAGGACGCGAGCGAGCGCAGGAAGAGGCACAAGUCGGACAGCUUCUCCCUGACCUUCGACGACAGCCUGUCCUGGUGUGUGAUCGGCGGGCUGAGGCGGGACCGGGGGAGCAGCGAGUCUUCGGACUCGAGGAGCGAUGCUGAAGUAGGUGUUUCUGGUUGCGAGGACUCAGACGAGAGCCUGAGUCAGGACUCUGACUGUGACAACUUCAGUGUGGAGUUUGAGGUGGAGUCCAUCGACUCGGACGACUACAGCGAGCAUGACGAGGCGUCGGUGGCGUCGGGCGAGGAACAGUUGUACGAGGUCACCAUCUUUGAGGCGGAGGAUGAAGACUCCUUUGACGAAGACACAGAGAUCUCAGAAGCAGACUACUGGAAAUGCUCCAAAUGUGAGGAGCUGAACCCCCCUCUCCCGCGUCACUGCAACCGCUGCUGGACUCUGCGGCAGGACUGGCUCCCGGAGACCAGCCCCAAAGCCCUGCCCCCGAAACCCCCCACCGCUGGCGGCGACGCCGAGGAGGGGCUGGACGUCCCGGACGGUAAGCGGGCCCGCUCCCCGCCGGCCGCCGGAGAGCACAAGGAGGACUCGGCGUGCGAGUCCCAGGAGCCCAGCUCCCAGCCCUCCACCUCGGGGGUCAGCAGCGCCCCCUCCAGCCAGGACGAGGUCCCCGAGCUGGAGCGCUUCAACAGCCUGGAGGCCUGCCUCCCCGCCAGCUGCCUGGAGCCCUGCGUCAUCUGCCAGAGCCGGCCCAAGAACGGCUGCAUCGUGCACGGCCGCACCGGCCACCUCAUGGCCUGCUACACCUGCGCCAAGAAGCUCAAGAACCGCAACAAACUCUGCCCCGUCUGCCGGGAGCCCAUACAGUCCGUGGUGCUCACCUACCUGAGCUAAGCUUUCCCCUCCCGACAUGAAGACACUCUCCGACAUGGAGCGCAUGUGCUCACAGUUCCUUCAGUUCAGUUCACCUGUUGUUUUUCUAUGGACACAAUAAAAAAAAGAGUUUAAUUGUAUUUAACAAACGAGGUAUCUCUGUUCCCAUAUGCUAGAGAGUGCAAAUGCUCCAUCUUUUAGACAGGUCAUAUAUUUUGUAGGGCACAAUGUGGUUGUGGACCAAUAGUUAUGUUGGUUGCCAGCAAUAUUGCCUGUCUUGCGUGUAUUUAGUUUGUAUUUUAGAGUUGAAUUCUUGUAAUACCUAAUACUUAACCUUUUGAGUGCAAUACAUACUUUAAAUUCAAAUGCUUAACCUCUAUCCUUGAACAUCCUACUAAAAAUAUUGAAGAUAAAUGUUUUUCAUUAGAAGUUGAAGGGAUUUUUGUUCAGGACAGUGCCACAUUCCCCAAAGUAAAGGGCAAUGGUGUUUUAGCAUUAAGACAAAAAGGGCUAAGAACUGUACGUCUGUACAUACCAGAGCACUCACCUUUUUGCGUAGUCACUGAUUAUAAUUAUUAUUUAUUUAUUAUUUGUGUAGUUUUCCUUGACUCACAGUACAGCUAGAAUGAUCAAAAGGUAGCCGUUCUCACAGGGUUAAUAAUGCCCUUCUCCGGCUGCUGCAGCUGAUGGCGGCUUGACAUCGGCCUUUGUUGUGUUGUUGGGCGCUCGCAGAAUGGCGCGUUACCAGGGACCUCGUUAUUAAAACUCAGGAAACAUGCCCCAACCUGUCUGCCACCGAGACCACCUGACUUGGCUCCCUCACAUCCCCAAACCCCCUUAAGCUGCUUGCACUGUUCCUCUUCCUGGAGCUCGGAGCUCUGUAUGACCAAGAGGCCAAGGUUUAUUUUUCUUUCUGUUAGGGAGAUGAAGGAUAGAGGCUUUACUUUCUCUUAAAAAGAUAGAAACAGAAAGAAAAACAUUGAACGUGAUGUGGUUUCAUUUUUGCUCUAUUUGAUUGUCUGGGGUACUGUGGCAUUUUCUCUUUUUAAGAGUUGUUUGCAGUGGUGUGGUUAAUUUUGGGAUACUCUCUCGUGAGGGCGGAGUUGUAUCUGUCUUUUGUGUAAGCACAUGUUUUCAGUGUCCAAGGUAACUAGCUCAUCUCUGCCUAUACAACUCGUGUUGCAGCUUCAGAAGCUACAGGCGCACCUCAGUAACUUACGUACAGCCCUGUCUUUAGAGAUAGCAAGGGUGUUUGAAUAACUGGGUAACAUGGAAAAUGUAUAAUUCAUUACCUAUCGGGUACUACUUGGCCUGCAUUCACAUGCUAAUGUUAAAGUCGUCGUGUUGGCGAUACAGAAUCCAGGAAGUGCUGCAUGAGCACAAUAGAAAAAUGUUGCUACGUUGCUUUGAGCACCCUCACCUGGUCACAUGGCAUGAACAACAAAAUGUCCUGCCAGUUUGCCUUCGUCCACUGUUUUCAUUGUGAAUUUGAGAAGCUCAUAACGAGCAUCUUCUUAUGGGAGGCGGCAUGUUAAUUUUGUUCAUGCUUGGCAAGAAGCAGCUGUGCUGUUUGUGUGAAUGCAGUCUUAGACAGGAUUAACUACAGCAGUGGUUCCCGACCUCAGUCCUGGUGUACCCCUGUGUGCUGGUUUUCAUUCCCACCACAAUUGCAAUACCAGAAUUUUAACAAAUUGUUCAUUUUUCUUAAUUAGGUGCUUAUGUUUAGAUGGAUUAUUAAGCCACUUAAGCCACAUCAUGUCAAAAAUAGCCAUAAACAAUAAAGUUACCAUGUUCAUAUUGUGCUUAUUGUGCUUUAUUGCAAACAAUUACAUAGAAGAGGUAACAAACUUUUUGGACCAAUUGAAAGAAUGAGAUUAAUCAAUAGACCCCUGAACAUGUAGCGGAACGCUUAAUUUCCUGAAAUUUAUUGACACGAUGCAGGUUCGGCUCGUUAUCAUUUGCUUUGUCUUUGAACUCUUCAUUAUCUUCCAGAUGGUUCGUUUUAGUGGCCAGGUGUCCACACUUUGACCAUUUAGAAGCCUUUUGACACACCUCAGUCUUUAAUUUGAUCCAUUAAAAAUAAUUGACCUUUUAAUGUAAUUGUUUGCAAUAAGCACAAUAAGCACAGUGUGAACGUGGGAAUUAGGCAAGUCCACUCUUGAUAUCUUAUUUAUAUAAUAUAUUUAUUAUCUGCACUUUCCGGCCAAUUUUUCUAGCUUAACUAGUCCUACAGUUUUUGCACUACAUUCAAAAUGUUUACACCAAAAUGUAGCAAGUUUUUGUGAGCAAUUUUUGGUCACUCCAUAGAGCAGUGGUCUCCAACCCUGGUCCUGGAGAGCUACAGGGUCUGCUGGUUUUUGUUUUCACCUUAAAAGCAGCUCCCAAUUGAGACCCAAGACACCAUGUAAGUUGAGUUAACUGUGUAAUCAACUGCUCUAAUUGAUUUAUGAAGUGCAGAGUCACUAUGAAAACCAGCAGACCCUGUUAGCUCUCCAGGACCAGGGUUGGAGACCACUGCCAUAGAGGGUCACUCAUGGACGUUUAUUGGGACAUUAUUAGGAUGCAUGCACAGGUGGUCACUCACUCACUCAUGGAUGUUUAGUAGGACGCACUUCCAGUGGCAUGAGAUUUUUAAGCACAUCUUUAUCGCCUAACGUUACUUUAGCUAACCCUAACAUGUUAGCGUAUCGCCUACUUUAGUUAAUCUAGUUAGCGCGUACGGAUACUAUCCUGCACGCAUGAGUAGGAGCUACGGACACACAGCUACAACCCGCGUACGGAUGCUGUCCUGCAAGCAUGAGUAGGAGCUAAUGACACACAGCUACAACCACCGAUACAGAUGUAUGGACAAACGGAUGCUACAACCACUGCCACAGAUGUAUGAACACACAGAGGACAACAAAUAACAUUACAGAGGUGAGGACAUGCCAUAGCUAGCUAGCUAUAUAGUUAGCCAAGUUUUACUCAUGACACUUAGGAUAUGACUAAUCCCUGGAACAUAAUCACUACUUACUGAUCCCCGGCUGUAUAUGUAACGCUACGGUGCGCCGUAGGUCUGGAUGUUUUCGUGCUGCUUCUGAGCUAUGCGCCCUCAUUGAAAUGCAUUGAGACAUGAGGACAGUGCCAGUUAGAAUUUGAAGCAAGCCCACACAACUCCUUCAGGAAUUGUAACCUUUCUAGUUCUUCAUGGAGUGCUUAGCUAUUUCUGACAUAAUGUGGUUGAAGAGAGUAAAUAAUCCCUCUAAACACAAAAAGCACCUAAUUAAGAAAAAUUUACAACUUGUUAUAAUUGCAUUUGUGGUUGGAAAGAAAACCAGCAUACACAGGGGUACUCCAGGACUGAGAUUGGGACCCACUGAACUACAGGAUAGCUGUGACAUGUAGGGAAUGUUUACACAAAUUGUAGGCUGCAUGUUCAUAUUGGUAAAUUCUGCAAAGUGAAUUCUUCAGAUGCCUUACUCUGAUAACUUUUGUGAAUGUGAUGUAAAAAAAAUUAUAUUUUGUAUUUAAAUUCAGACAUUGCUGAUUUUUUUGCAUCUCAGCAGUUUUUCAGUUAUGUCUUGUAUUGAUCUGUGUAUGUACAGUCAUUGUACGUUUGUAAUUUAAUUUGCCUUUGUGGUGGCCUGAUUCGGUCAGUGAAAAUAUUUCACAUCAAAUAAUAAUCAAAGGCUUUUGUUCUGCAUUGAUUUAACCUUACAAUGUUUGUAACAUUAAGGCUCCUCUGUGUUCUUGUAGUGUGCCUAUUUAUGUUUAAGAUAUAUAUGUAUAUAUUAUUUGUUUACUUGUAUCUAUGUAUUGUAUAUUUAUGUUCUCAGUUAUGUUUCUUCAACACACAUUAACAUGCAGUGUCUAUAGUUCCUAAAUACAGGUUGUAAAGCAUUCACCUUAGAAUAAAAAAGGCACCUAUUUAUAAAAUGAUUCAUACACAGUAUUUUCAAACCCUUUUGAAGUUACUCAUUGCAGUAACAGAUGUAAACCAUUUUAGUUGCCUAAUAUUAUGGCCGGUCAAGAUUUUCUCUCUGCAUUCAAGAAUGUAUGUUCCAGGUGGAAUUCCAGAAUGUUUCAUUUGUCAAAAGUACCACAUUUAGCAGCUGAUGAUAUAGGGAUAUAUGUUCUUUGUCUUAAUGGAACUGGACAAGUCACUUCUGAAAGGUACAGGUUUUCACCUGCUGUAAAUGGCAUACAGUAUGCUGCUGGUGAACAUGUGAAUUUCUAGUCUUACUUUGGAAGACAUGUUUAUAUACUACUGUAUGGAACACAACAAGACCCCCUAUCUACAAUUUGUUUGGAAUGUUCCAUUUAUCUUAGUCGUAAUUUCUCUUUUUGGUCAUGUUUUCUGUUUCGUCAUGUCUGGUUUUGGACUUGGAAAUAAAGUGCCAUUUUAUUGUUGCUACAA